UCCGUUGUUUGUUCCCACCAACUGAACCACUUUUUUUUAAAAAGAAUCUACUCCGCAAUGGUUGCUCUUUAUCCCAAACCGCUCCACCUCCGUUAUUAGCUAUUGAUUACUACUCACUUCUCAAAACCAAAAUGGUACAAAUUUUUAUAUAACCCUUUUUCAAUUUUCAUGUUUUUUCAUCAUGAGUUCUACCAUAUCAUCACUUCAAAUGGGACAAGAAUCAGAGUACAAAACCCAGUUGGUGUUGAAGAUUUGCUCCAUUUCCACCCGUUCUGUUGUUUGUGUUCACAGGCUUGUUUCAGACUCAGUUAAGGCACCUUUCAUUGAUUGGUAUUGCAUUCUUGGAGUGGAAGAGAAUGUAGGAGUACAUACCAUUCGUAAGAAAUACCAUAAACUUGCUUUGCAACUUCAUCCAGACAAGAAUAAACACCCCAAGGCUGAUACUGCAUUCAAGCUUGUUUCUGAGGCCUAUAGAUGCUUAUCUGAUGCUGCAAAAAGAAAAGCUUUUAACUUGAAGAGACAUGAGAGCUUCUGCAUUCAGUGCAACAGAAUCCCUUACACAUCAACCAUUGUCCCUGGCAAUUCCAUUAACGGUUCAAGUUUCAAGCCAUGGAACAUUAUCAGCAGGUCAAUAUCUAGUAAGGUUCGGAGAAACAUUCGGGACAUGAGAGAAAGAUUGAAGGAGGAAGCUAAGGUGAUAGAAAACUGUCUGAAGGCAAAUUCACUGUCAAAGAAAGAAUCUUCCGUUUACAAUCCAGCAGAGUAUCUACACGGAAAAAGGUCCUCUUUUCAGAGAGAAAGCCCUGUUUUCAAUCCAUCAAACUACUUCUACCAAGGGUACCCUCAUCAUCCAAGGGGAAAUGUUUACAAGAAUUCUGAGACAUGUUGUUACUUGCAGGCAGAAAAAAUAGUGCAUAGUGACAAGGGAGGAUCUAAAUAUGCCUCCCCAGUUUUUUAGGUGAAAUCACAAAGGAAUAUGAUGAGCACUAGGAAAUUUGCUUAUGUUCCAUCACAAUGUUAGCUUGAACAUUUUUUAGUUCAAUGUGGUUGACAUAUUCUGGCUUCUUUUAUAGGACUAAUUGCAUUUCAUUAUGAAUUCGUCAUGACUUAGACCAUCUACAAUGGUGUUGAAAGGGGUGUGUUUAAUGUUGAAAUGUGUGUGUAAUGGUGUUUAACAUAAGUGUUG